CUCCUAUAAUCUUUUCAAUAUCAACCAAACCCAAAAUCCUACUUAAAACUACUUAGUAGAAAAUGGCUUCUAUGAAAACCACCUGCCUUGAUCUCUUUCUUCUUGUAAACAUUCUUUUUUUCUCUCUUGUGACUGCAACGCCUAAACCAAAGCCAAAGCCGAUGCCAACGCCAACGCUAAAGCCGCCAACACCAAUGCCGAUGCCAACGCCAACGCCAAUGUCGAUGCCGACGCCAACGCCAACGCUAAAACCGCCAACACCAAUGCCGAUGCCGUUGCCAACGCCAAUGCCAAUGUCGAUGCCGAUGCUAACGCCUAUGCCGACGCCAACCCCGAGUCUCAGCUCCCAAGACAAGUGCUCUAUUGAUACUCUCAAAUUAGGUGUUUGUGCUAAUGUUCUUGACAAUUUACUUGGAGUUAGAAUUGGAAAUCCAUCAAAGAAACCUUGUUGUUCAAUUAGGACACUGGAAGCCAGAUGGAACUUUUUUAUCACAAGCAUUGAGAAGAAGGCUUAGAGAAAUAGGGACAUU